GAGAACAGGGCAAAAAGAACACUCAUUCUACGCACUCACGGAAAGACAGGUCUUUUCCACAAGGGGUAUUCCGAGCUGCUUAAAUGAGACAAUUUCACUGAUGCACUUUACUCUCUAAUGCCAUCGCAGCUGAGACCAACCACUUCUCUCUGGCAGAGAGAGAGAGAGAGAGAGAGAGUGAAAGAGAAAGAGAGAGUGAGAAAGAGAGACAGCAGUGUAAUCUGACUGCAUCUGACCUCAAUAUUGAUGCUGUUUCCCCGUUGGAUUUCACAGGUCUGAUGUUUGUUAAGUGUAUCCCUUCUUUAAUGCUGGGAGAGACUGAAAGGCACUAAGGCAGCCAAAGUAGAGCAGGAGCCAGAGAGGCUGACGAAGGAGAGAAGAGUUUUCACAGGGCGAGGGACACGCUGCAAUACUGGGACUCUAAAAGGAGGAGAAAGGUCCAGUAAAUUCCAGGAGCUCUGCUUGAGUGCACUGCUAACUCCCAGGAAGACUGUGCCGUUCAACCUGCCACGUACUUUCAGAAGCAAAUUCAGUGGUCAAUUAAAUUAUCCUCACAAGAAGCCAUGGAGACCCCUGGCAAGAAACGAGUGACCAGCAGUGGGACCGUUUCUCCAACCCGCAUCACCCGUCUGCAGGAGAAGGAAGACCUGAGCAACCUCAACGACCGGCUGGCGGUCUACAUUGACAAGGUCCGCUCGCUGGAGGUGGAGAACGCCGGACUCCGCCUCCGCAUCACCGAGUCGGAGACCGAGGUCAGCCGCGAGCUGUCCGGCCUGAAGGCCGCCUACGAGGCGGAGCUGGCCGACGCCCGAAAGACCCUGGACUCCGUGGCCAAGGAGCGCGCUCGGCUGCAGCUGGAACUCGGCAAGGUGCGCGAGGAAUUCAAGGAGCUGAAGACCAGGAACACCAGGAAAGAGUCUGAACUGGAGGGGGCAUUAGCCCGGCUGAAGGAUCUGGAGGCCCUUCUGAACUCUAAGGAUGCCUCCCUGACCACCGCUCUGGGGGAGAAGCGCAACCUGGAGGCUGAAGUUCGUGAACUGAAGGCUCAGCUGGCGAAGCUGGAGGGCAGCCUGGUCGAUGCCAAGAAGCAGCUGCAGGAUGAGAUGCUGCGGAGGGUGGACGCCGAGAACCGCAUCCAGACCCUGAAGGAGGAGCUGGAGUUUCAGAAGAGCAUCUACAGCGAGGAACUGAGGGAAACGAAACGGCGGCACGAGUCGCGCAUGGUGGAGAUCGACAGCGGACGGCAGCAGGAGUUCGAGAGCAAGCUAGCCGAGGCACUCACCGAGCUGCGCGCCCAGCACGACCAGCAGCUCAGCAUUUACAAGGACGAGAUCGAGAAGACCUACAACGCCAAGCUGGAGAACGCGCGGCAGUCUGCCGACAGGAACAGCCACCUGGUGGGGGCGGCCCACGAGGAGCUGCAGCAGACGCGGGUGCGCCUGGAGACGCUCUCUGCCCAACUGAGCCAGCUGCAGAAACAGCUGGCUGCGCGGGAUGCCAAGGUGCGUGAGCUGGAGGAGGCGCUGUCGCGGGAACGGGACGCCAUGCGGCGGCGGCUGGAGGCGAAGGAGAGGGAGAUGAGCGAGAUGCGGCAGCGCAUGCAGCAGCAGCUGGACGAGUACCAGGAGCUGCUGGACGUCAAGCUGGCACUGGACAUGGAGAUCUGUGCCUACAGGAAGAUGCUGGAAGGGGAGGAGGAGAGGCUACGUCUGUCCCCCAGCCCACCCCCCACUCGGGUCGCUGUGACUCGCAGAUCGGGUUCGGGCACACAAAGCCGCACCGUCCACACCCACAGCGCCCACAGCUCCUCCGGCAAGAAACGCCGUGUCAAUGACAAUGACAGUGAGACCUCCAGUCUAGCAGGUGGCGCUGUUGCACGUACCCGAAUCGUGCAGCAGGCUUCCGCUAGUGGCCGUGUCACUGUGGAUGAGGUCGACCUGGAGGGGAAGUAUGUGCGGCUCAGCAACAAAGCUGACCAGGACCAGCCAAUGGGCCACUGGCAAGUGAAGAGGCAGGUUGGGUCACAGGAAGCCAUAGCCUACAAGUUCCCCCCAAAAUUCAUCCUGAAGGCUGGACAGGCCGUUACGAUUUGGGCAUCAGGGGCAGGGGGCACUCACAACCCCCCCUCUGACCUGGUGUGGAAGACCCAGAACUCCUGGGGCACUGGGGACCAGUUCCAGACCACCCUGAUAAAUGCCAAUGGAGAGGAAAUGGCAAUGAGGAAGGUCACGCGUACACUGUUUCAUGAUGAUGACGAUGAUGAUGACAUGGCCACUCACAGCACCGGUGGAGACAGCGAGUACAACCUGCGCAGCCGCACGGUCAUCUGCGGCUCCUGCGGCCAGACGUCCGAGAAGGCCAGCUCGGGGGUGUCGAGCGCCUCCCGCUCCUCCUUCCGCAGCAGCGGAGGAGGUCUCCCUGAGGGAAUGGUCCCCCACUCCUUCCUGAUGGGCGACAACAUGCCCCGACAGAGUGGUCCCAGAGCGGAAAACUGCGCCAUCAUGUAGACCCCAGGACAGCUCCACCGGGAGGAGAUGGACUCUCACUCCUGAGGACCGAAAUAAACACAUUUUUCUACACAUGGAAGGAGCAUUUAUAUUUCUGUCUAUAUAUUUGUGUUUAAGGGACUUUCUAUUUAAGUCUUAUUUUUUACUGCAUAAUCUGCAAAUAUUUUUAUAUGUACAAGUAUUUAGUAGAUUAUACUUAACUUGCUUACAUGCGGCAAUAAGCUUUGCACUGUGGCUGUUUACCAAAUAAAAAAAUAAAAUAUAUAUAUAUAUGGUGGGAUAUCAUGCAUGCAGAGGACCCAUUACCACCUGAGUUCUGUAGAUGCUUAAAAAACAGCUUUAUUCAUGGAGAGAGGGAGAGAGAAGGUACUGCCUUGCACGGCAGUUUGAUUCAGCCUGCGGUUUAAUGUCUCAGAUCUUUGCUGUCAUUGCUGAUCACGCACAGGUUAUACACCCUGAACUGAAUCAAACUGCUCUGUGCUUGGAGAAGAGUCUGUCGCCCUGGCAUGCUGCAUAUCUGAGUGAAUGUCAACUCUUAAACAUAACAACACAUACACAACUGUAAAAAAAACAUGUGGUAGGGAUAUUUACCUUUUGAGAUUCAACUUAAAUAUCUGUGUUAAUUUCCCUCUUUUUAAAGAAAGCGGGAAAUUGGAAGAGAAUAGAUAUGAUGGCUCUGUGUGGAUAACCUUCCUAUUGUCAUAGGAAGAGUAUGACAGAAUAAGGAAUUUAGCUCUAAAGUGCACAGUUUUCAUUUUAGAGCAGGGCCCAAGUAGAGUAAGACAGAAAUAACAGAUUUACAAGACAAAAACAUCAGAAACAAAGCCCUCAGAUCACUUCUCUUUCAGGUUUUAAGAUUUCAGGUUCAUUUUAAAAUUGGAUUGGUUUACUGUGGAGUUAAUUAAUUGAAAUUACACUCAGGUUAUUCAUUAGGUCUUGUUCUCGGGGUAGAGGAAUGGUUAAUGGAUUGGGAGAUGUUGGUUGAGUCUAAGAUUAUGGCAGCUUAAAAUAUCUGAUUUUCCAUGUUUUCACACUAAACCUACAACUUUUUGAGAUUGCAAAAAUGAAAGAAUUAGGACAGCAAAUUGAAUUGUCUGACACAAAUUAAUCAAAAUAAUACAGACAAUAAUGUAUUUCUGUCCUCAGUAGAUUAGUACAGCAUAUUGCUAUACCAAAGACAUAAGUACUUUCUGUAAGUUUAUGAAAGUGCAAAUAUGACAUAUCAAUUAAACUGAUACAGCAAUGACAUUCCACUUUUGAUUUUUGAACCCAACCCACUUCUCCGAUGUCAGUGUUGAUUGUCAGUGUCGUUCACAAUACUCUCUCCCACAGCUGUGGAUUGCGAAGUUUAAAAAAUGUUCUCAAGCUUCUUGCUUGCUUUGAUGUACUGUAAGGUCAGUGGGGGCAAAUUAAAUUAAGGCACGCCAUUUUUUUUUUGUUAAACUGUUCCAUUAGGUCAGCGUUUCCCAACCGGUGUACCGCGGCACUCUGGUGUGCCGUCAGGCGAGGUCAGGUGUGCCGUAUGAAAAAUCCUGUAAAUUGUAAUGUAAAAUUUUAAUGUUAAAAUGAAUUUAAAAAAAACUUAAAUAAACAAAUCCCAUUCACGAAAGCCAAAAUAAAUGUCAUUAAAAUGCAUAUCGCUUAAUUAAAACCCCAAAAGAACAUUUAGGCCUACUGUCGGCACGUGUGGAGGGGGCUGCAGGGUGUUUAUUUUUUUAUGCUUUUGAGAGUGUUGUGCCAUGAGAUUCUGUAAAUUUGGAAAGUGUGCCGCGGAAGGAAAAAGGUUGGGAAACGCUGCAUUAGAUCAUGACUGUGGAUAUUAUUAAACACCAAUAAUUUCAAUCACACAACAUGUUUGCAUUUAGAAAAAACAUUUAUACGCCUCUUUAAUUGCAUAUGCAAGUAGCUCAAUGGCAAAUAGCUUCUGAAAAUAUUACUUUGGCCUUAUGCUCUUGAUUCAUUUUUGUUUCACUUGUAUUACCUUAAUAUGCUAACAGCUGAAGUCACAUUCAACUUUUGAGGAUUUGGCCAAACAUAAAGAGUCAUUGUUUUAGCAUAAUACAAAUCAAACACAAUAUUUAAGUCCCCAUUGUGUGUUUCUUUCCAACAUUAUUUGCAAUUUAACAUUUUACAUGACAAUAUCAGAAUUUCAGAAAAGGAUCAUAAUAUAUCCCAAAGAGAGGUUCUGUAAAACCAAUAGCACCAGGUACAUUUGAAAUGUGGAGGUAACAUUACAUAUUGAUUCAAGGACUAGCCAUGUUUUGCAAGUCUUUGGCAUAUUCAAGUCUUCUUAGCGAGACACAGUUAUAUAUUCAUACAGAAAAUGAAUUAGAAUAUCAUUCCAUCACAAACUAAAACUCCAUUUCAGUCUGAUAGAACUGUUUUGUGGCUCUUUAUGAUGGCCCAAAAGUGUACCUUAGCCCGUAAACAAAGAGUAUUUCACACAAAUCUCCACACACAAUGUUAUCUUGAGUUUGGGCCAGAAUGGAAUGAAAAAAACCUGUUUAAGAAAAACGCACACAAUUGUUUUUUCAAAAAUAUAUUUUUUUCCUGAUUACUUGAGGUGAUGCUUCUUUGUCGAGGCAAAUUUCAUUAACAACAGCCAGUUUUACAAAUUGAAGGAUUAUAAUCAACUGAAAUGUGUGUCACCAUAUUUAUUUUAAUAUCAAUUUUAAAAUGUCAUGUGGCUGUGGUGCUUCACUGUUAGCUCCCAAAUUUUAAAGUACAAUAUGGAAUCAUUUCAAUUUAGUUGAUAAAAGCCGAAGAGAGCAUCUGUAGAAGUUCUACAGUGCUUGCACUGAAGAGUUAAAGAUUUACUAGUACUGUAUAUUCACUUCAUAUUUCUAAAAAUGGUACCAGUUCCACUGUUAGACAGAAGUUGUUCUUUCCAUAAAAUUAACCAAAGACAAAUGUACUGAUUGACAUGUUUUGUCUGAAGUAACUGCUUAAAUGCUUCCUUUGUUUCAUACAUUGCAUUGAAUGGAAAACAAAAAAGAAUGAAUAAAUGCUUUUUCUCACAAAUCAAA